AUGAAGGGCACACGAACAGAGCUACCGUCCAAAAGGAAAAACUCACGGUCACUCGUCAGCAUUUUGUGGAAUGGAUUGACCCAGAGUGCAUUGGCAAGGAUAAGCUUCGUAAAAUGGUCAAUCGAGCCAGGUGGUAGUAUUUGUUCGAUUAGGCCAUUUGUUUUCUCCUCUACCCAUGCAUUUGCUUCCUUUUCUACCUCAUUGGCCUAUAGAGUAGCCUUACAAGAUUCCACGACGAAUUCUUUGAAAGCCGGCUUCAAGGUAAGUCUCCGAUCGACCCAAACGCAGUUGGCCAACGACAAACGGGGCCCGCCCAAAGAUCCUCUGUCGUUCAACAUCGGGGUAAAAAGCUGCGAAAGUAGCAAUUCAAGUUCAUUGAUGGACUUGGACCGGAGGAAGUCCAGAAGCUGGUUUCGGGUCGGCCCGCCCGACCCGAAUGCGAUCAUGCUCAAAGCAAUGUGCACGAGUAAGGGCGAGAACACGAAGUUGCCGUUCUUGUUGUCUCCGGUCGACAUGAAUUGCUCGGCCAGCUUCAAGGAGAAGUCAAUCGAAGAAAAAGAGGAGGAAGAUGAAGAGAGAGAAGAAAACAAAAGCUGCGAUUACUUUAAAACAAAAAAG